AUGGUUGGAUUGACAAGGGGUAAAAUAGCCGAAGGCGUGACCUUCCAAAGAAUUUUGGAUGAUGUGAGAGAGUCCAUCAAUUCCGAAGAGGUAGAAAGACUCCACCUUUUAACUCGAAAGGAUCUCCAUAACAUAAAGAGGGACUUUGGAAUUAAUAGUCACCAGCUCCAUGCCAAUGAUGCAACAAGUGUGAGCAUCUUUUUAGAACAAAUAAAAGACUGUGUUCUAAUGAACAAAAAUGUCAUCGGUAAUGUGGACUAUUCAUCGGACAAUGAUGUGAUGAUUGUGCUAAUGACAGAUCUACAGUGUCAGAUGCUUCAGAAGUUUGGCCCAAAAACUGUAUGUGUAGAUUCAACACAUUGUACAAAUGUGUACAAGUUACUAGUAACAACACUAUUAGUUCUUGAUGAAUUUGGAAGCGGCAUUCCAGUUGCCUUCUGUGUUUCGAAUAAAGAGAACACUACAGUAAUGACCCAAUUUUUUACCUGUGUCAAAGAGAAAGCAGAUCUAAUAAAACCAUCUGUUUUUAUGUCAGAUGAUACGCAAAUUUUCCGAUGUGCAUGGGCGCGUGUAAUGGGCCUAGCAGAUAAUAAUUUGCUAUGUACGUGGCAUGUUGACCGUUCCUGGAGAAAAAACUUAAGGAAAGUGUGUGGUGGCCCACAGAGACAAACCCAGGUUUACAAAGCCUUAAGCAUGCUGCUGGAAGAACCUGAAGUAGACAAGUUCGGUGAGCUGUUGGAGUUGUUUGAGAGGGAACUCCACGAAGAUGAAAACACAAAAGACUUUGGAAUAUAUUUCUCGAAUACUUAUGGAUUCAGGCCUCAACAUUGGGGUUACUGUCAUCGCCGCAGUUUAAAUAUCAAUACUAAUAUGCACCUCGAAGCCAUGCAUAGAGUAUUGAAGUAUUGUUAUCUGGACGGAAAGACUAAUAACAGACUGGACAAGUUGCUGCUGAUACUUAUGAAGCUAACGAGGGAUAAAUUUUUUGAGAGAAUUGUGAAACUCUUUAAGGGUGGGCACUCCUAUAGACUGCAGCAGAUUCAACGACGACAUACAGAGUCAAAAAAAAUUGACAGGGGACAGAUUGCGGCCAGUAAUGAUGGGAAGCAUUUUCAGCUAACGGAUGUUUAG